AUGGGUGACGCCGGAGACUACACCGCUUUCGAGGCCAUCACGGCCCAAAUCCCCAUGGGAUCCAAGGGGAGUUCCUUCUUUUUCCCCACCCUCACUGACGGAGUUAUUAUAGAUAAAGAGCAGACCGACCAGGCGCGAAUCCCCCUGGACCUGGGAACCGUGUCCCAGGGAAAGGCCCUGGCUGCAUUCUGCGAACGCCAUGGACUGUCGGUCCUGAGUGUGCUGAAUGUCGCCUGGGCCAUGGUUCUCUCCGCCUACGCCGAUACCGAGGCGAUCGGGUUUCUCUUCGUUCGAUUCGUCGCCGGUGUGCCUCAUGUGGGUGUCUACCAGGCGGAGAUCGACGGGGGCAAGUCCGUGCUGAAGACGCUCGUCGACGCGGAAGAGAAGCUGCAGGCCAGUGUUUCGUCAUCCGCCCUGAUGACACCGGCCGAAUUCCAGGAAUUGUCCGCCCGAGCGGGUGGUCCAGCUUUCAACAGCGUUGUGAUGCUGUAUGAUGGAGAAUCCCCGGAGCGGGAACAGCCGGGCAAUUACCUUGCCAUUCACGCCCGGUACCUACAGGACCAGUUUGUCGUCGACCUGCAGUGUCCGACUUCCUUGAUCCCCGCCUCGCAGGCAACACACUGCGCGGCAACUCUCAGCCACGUACUCGGUGAGAUCAUCAAAGCCCCCCGAACCCCCCUCUCCGAGGUAAGUUUAAUGAGCCAGGAUGGAAUGCACCAGAUCUGGGAAUGGAACAAGCGGAUGCCCGAAGUGGUCUCCCGCUGCCUGCACCAUCUCAUCGAUGAGCGGGCCCGCAAAGAGCCCGAGGCACUUGCCAUCCAAGGCCCAGAUGGGUGCAUGACAUACGGCGAGUUGCAGGCGCUCACAGAUCGCCUGGCCCACUCUCUGGUGGAUCGGGGUGUGGGCCCUGAAGUGGCCGUGCCUCUGUUCUUCGAGAAGUCCAAAUGGGCAAUCGUCACCAUGAUCGCUGUCGUUAAAGCGGGCGGUGCCAUUGUGAAUCUGGACGCGAAACAGCCUCGGUCCCGUUUGAUGGAAAUUAUGGAGCAGCUGCAGGCUCCUUUGAUUCUAACCUCCCAGCAAUAUGAAUCGCUCUGGCAGGACAACCGCAAUGUUUUCUCUGUUCAUCAGGAAAGUGUGAUGGCACUUCCGGCGCAGAAAGCAUCUCCAGCGGUUGCAGUCACACCCAAAAACAUUCUGUACAUUAUCUUCACCUCCGGAAGUACUGGAACCCCCAAGGGCUGUGUGGUGGAACAUGAGUCCUUCCUCACGGCUGCAAUCCAGCACGUCACAGCGGGCGAGAUCGACCCGACUAGCAGAAUCCUCCAGAUGACACCGUACACAUUCGAUGUUAGCAUGCUCGAAAUCUUCACCACUCUCACUACCGGUGCCUGCGUUUGCUUCCCCAGCGAUGAGCUGGCACAGCAUGGAAUCGCUCAUAUCAUCAACGCGCUGCGCAUCACAUGGACCUUCAUGACCCCUUCGGUGGUGCGCUUGGUCGACCCCGCUGAUGUGCCCACUCUGAAGACUCUGGCUUUGGGAGGUGAAGCAUUGAGUCAGGUCGAUGUUACGACCUGGGCGGGCAAGCUGCAUCUGAUUAACGGAUAUGGUCCCAGUGAAUGUUCCGUCGCAGCAACGAUCAACCCCCACCUCACUCCGGCUGCCGACCCGGCGAACAUCGGGCGCGGUUACGGUGCGGUCUGCUGGGUCGUCCACCCAGAUGACCACAACCGCCUUGUCCCAAUCGGGGCAGUGGGUGAGCUGCUCAUCCAAGGUCCGAUUGUUGCCAGAGGCUACCUCAACGAGCCUGCGAAGACCGAGGCGGUAUUCCUGGACGAGGCACCCGUGUUCCUCCAAAACAUGACCUCCAAGCCAGCCCCAUUCCGAUUCUACAAGACCGGUGACCUCGUCAGAAACAACAGCGAUGGCACAAUCAGCUUUAUUGGGCGAAAGGACCGCCAGGUGAAACUUCGAGGCCAGCGUUUGGAGCUAGGCGAGAUCGAGCAGCGUCUCUCCGUGGACCCCACGGUGCGUCAUGCUCGCGUGCUGCUUCCCAAGGCAGGGCCUUGGGCCACGAGACGCGACGUGCACGAGCUGUUGAUCGACCAGAGAAAGCAAGCACGCGGAUUCAUCCCUGAGAUUUCUACCCGUCUUGCUGCCCAGGUUCCCGGCUAUAUGGUACCCACCUUCUGGGUGGUGGUAGCUGCCCUUCCAUUCACGACGUCCGGGAAGGUCAAUGGUGUUGUUUUGAAUCAAUGGGUUCGUGAUAUGGACGAAGACACUUAUAACGAAGUUGCCGGUAUCAUGGAAGAAGAAGAAGAAACCAGCGAGACCGUGCAAUUAUCCGAAAUGGAGCUUCUUCUGCAAGAAAUUUGGGCGGAGGAGCUGGGUCUUCCAUUGCCGAAGCUGAAGUAUAACCGGUCUUUCAUUGCUUUGGGUGGUGAUUCUAUUACAGCCAUGAAAGUGGUGGCGCGGUGCCGCCGGGAGCAGCUGAAGGUCUCAGUGCUAGAUGUGGUUCGGGCCAAGAGCCUGAUUGAUUUGGCUUCCAAGACCGUCCGCUCAUCCCAGGUGUCUGUGGAGGAGGACACCGUUAUUGCCCCGGCUUCCACGCCUGCCGAGCGAACUGCCGCCAUCGACGAUGCGCUUCUGUCCAAAGCUGGACUCUCUAGCAAGGACGACGUGGAAGAUGUCUACGGCUGUUCCCCUGUCCAGGAUGGCAUUCUUCUGAGCCAGGUCAAAUUCCCCGGCACGUAUGAAAUUCGACGUGUCCUUAAAGUGCUUUCCAUUAUGGAUGCGAACACGACGAUUUUGGGUCUUCAGCGUGCCUGGCAGGGCGUUGUAGAUCGCCACCAAUCUCUCAGAAGCAUCUUCGUCGACGCCGGUGGUAUCUUCCAGCAGAUCGUACUCAAGAACAUCACUGCCAGCGUAUAUUGCUGCGAGUACAUGUGCUCAGAUGAUGAAGUGGAGGUAACCAAGUUCCUGAAGUCUCUGCCUUCGCCAACCUACAACCCCUCAGAACCCCAGCACCAUCUCACCAUCUGUCGUACCCGUGGCGACAACGUCUACAUGAUGGUCGAGCUCAGCCAUGCGAUUGUGGAUGGUGGGUCCACCGAGGUAGUCUUGCAGGAGAUGUCACUGGCGUUUGACGGCAAAUCGUUCACGGAGCCUGCAUCGUUGUACAGUGACUAUAUCCACUACAUCUCUUCUCCGGAGCACUCCCAAGGCGAGUCCAUGAGUCACUGGACCGGCUACCUUGCAGGAGUUCAACCGACCAUUGUUCCCAUGUACCCUCGCGAUGGGGCCUCCAAGCAGAUCCGGUCUGUGAAAGUUCCCUUCGCCGGAAUGAAGGAUCUGUUAAAGUUUUCCGUAGCACAUGGAGUCACUAUUGCUAAUGUGAUACAAACUGCAUGGGCCUUGGUUCUCCGGGCGUACACUGGAUCCGACGAUGUCUGCUUUGGCUACGUGGCCUCUGGCCGUGAUGUACCUGUGAAAGGCAUAGAGAACGCUGUGGGAGCGUUCAUUAACAUGCUGGUUUGUCGGGUGCGGUUGGACCAGCACCAGGCUGCUCUGGACGCGGUCGACACCAUGCAGAGCGACUAUUUUACCGCUUUGGCCCACCAGCAUUGUUCCCUGGCACAGAUUCAGCAUGGUCUGAAUCUAUCCGGUAUGCCCUUGUUCAACAGCAUCAUCUCUCUCCAGAAAGGUGUUCCGGACCAGCAAUUUGGCGAUGCGCUUUCUUUCCGGGCAGUUGAAGAAGAUGACCCGACAGAUUUCGAUCUUGCCGUUGCUAUUGACAUAACUACUGAGGAUGUCGAGAUUUCUAUCGGCUACUGGUCCUCUUUGUUGACACAAGGCGAUGCCAUGAAUCUUGCCAAUACAUUCAGCGCUGCGAUCUACGGAAUAGUAGACCAAGCCGGAGUUAAGCCGGCCGAUAUUAACCUAUUUAAUGAUCAGGACCGAGCCCAGAUCUUUGAGUGGAACAAGGCUGAACCAGUUGCGGAGUCGGGUUGUGUGCAUGAAUACUUCUACGAACAAGUCAAGAAGCAACCUGAUGCGCAGGCAGUGUGCGCUUGGGAUGGCGAGUACACCUAUUCCCAGCUCGACGUGCUGUCCGAGAAGUUAGCCCAUCACUUGGCGAAGCUGGGGGCUGGACCGGAGGUACUGAUUCCCCAUUGCUUCGAGAAGUCCAAAUUGGCAACAGUGACUAUGGUGGCGAUCAUGAAGUCUGGUGGUGCUGGUGUUGGUCUGAGUUCUGCACAUCCGCUAUCCCGCAUUCAAGAUAUUUUAGACGGAUGCCAGGCUCGUGUUGCAGUUGUAUCAGCGCAGCACGCCAAACUGCUUGAAGGCCUCGUGGAACAUAUUGUUGUCGUGGACGAAAGCUUCCUCGACGAACUCCCUGCACCCACCGACAACUGCACACUUCCUCAGGCGCAACCAUCUAAUCCAGCCUUCGUGUCGUUCACGUCCGGCAGUACUGGAAAGCCGAAGGGCAUUGUCCUCGAGCAUCGCUCCCUCAUCACCAGCAUUCAAGCUCACGGGUCUGAAUGGGGUGUCGGGCCGGGCUCGCGUGUCCUGCAGUUUUCUGCCUACGCGUUCGAUGCUAGUGUCUCUGACACGUUCACCACGUUGACUCGCGGUGGCACGGUCUGUAUCCCAUGUGAGAAAGACCGCGUCGAUGAUUUGGCCGGCGCAAUCAACAAACUCGGGGUCAACUGGGCUUUCCUGACACCCCGGGUUCUCGGCCUGCUCUCCCCGGAAACCGUCCCCACUCUGAAGACAGUCGUUCUGGGAGGUGAAGCGAUCUCACGUGAAGAUAUCUCCCCGUGGACCGAUGCUCUGGAGUUGCGCAUCGUUUAUGGACCUACGGAAUGUACCAUUUACAGCAUGGGAACGGAUCCCUUGACCGCAGACAGUGACCCCGCAGGAUUAGGACAUGCUGUUGGAACCCGCCUCUGGGUGACAGAUCCUGAGAAUACUAACAAGCUCCUUCCCGUUGGCUGCAUUGGUGAACUGGUCAUUGAGGGCCCCUUGGUCACUAGGGGAUACCUGAAUGAGCCCGAAAAGACAAAGGCAGCUUUCUUCGAAGACCCAGCCUGGUUGCCUAAGCCCGAGAAUGGUCAGCCACGCCGUUUCUACAAAACCAGUGAUCUGGUCCGCUACUAUCCAGAUGGCCAGCUUCGGUUCAUUGGCCGCAAGGAUACUCAGAUCAAAGUCCGAGGCCAGCGUGUGGAGCUGGGCGAGAUAGAGCAUGCAAUCCUGGAGAAUCUGCCGGGUGCUGCGCAUGUCACAGUGGACUCGGUCGUGUUGCCUCAGCAGACAUUGGUAGCUUUCCUCAAGAUGGAGAACGCAUUCCCUACGGAAAAUGAACUCUUUGUCCCACUAUCAGCCGAGUUCACGGUGGAACUGCGGGCCCUUGAGAAGGUCCUGUCAGAGACAUUGCCCGUGUACAUGCUUCCCAGUCUGUUCAUCCCGAUCUCUCACAUCCCAAUGACUAUUUCGGGCAAGGUCGAUCGGAUUGCGCUCCGCCGUGCCGUCCCCGGCCUUUCCCACGAGCAGAUGGAGAUGUAUGCCUUAGCCAACCAGGACAAGGCCGCCCCCCAGACCAAGGAGGAGGAACAGUUGCAGACUCUGUGGGCAGCUGUUUUAGGAAAAGAUCCUAACGUUGUGGGCCGCAACGAUAACUUUUUCCGACUUGGGGGCGAUUCAAUUGGUGCCAUGAAACUGGUCGUCGCAACACGGGAAGCAAACCUCUUGCUUACUGUCGCUGAUAUAUUCCGGUAUCCGGAAUUGUCUCAGAUGGCGCAACGCGUUGAACUAGUCAAGGCUGACGAACAAGAGAAUGUUUAUGAACCAUUCUCGAUGUUAAAGAAUGCCACCAAUACUGACGCGUUGCUGGAGGAAGCCGCAGGCCAUUGCUCCAUUGCGCGCAGUGACAUCCAGGAUGUAUAUCCUUGUACCCCUCUGCAGGAGGGUGUGUUCUCAAUGUCAAACACCCAUACUGGUUCUUAUGUCGCUCAAUCUGCAUUCCGGCUGCCAGCUGGCUUUGAUAUGCAGCGAUUCAAAGACGCUUGGCAAACCUUGGUUGAUGCCCACUCAAUCCUACGCACCCGUAUUGUCACUAUCGGCUCUACAUCGUAUCAGGUUGUGUUGACGGAGGACGCUUCUAAACUCGAAUGGCAACAAGGCUCUUCCUUGGAGGAAUAUCUCCAGCGCGACCAUGCGAUUGCCGUGACCAGUGGCACCCCAUUAGCUCGCUAUGCGAUCGUUGAAGAUGGCGAGUCUUCUGUCUUCGUCUGGACUGCUCACCACGCCGUGUAUGACGGAUGGACUGUCCCACUCUUGUUCGAACAGCUGGAACAGGCCUACACAGGCUCUUUCAAGCCCUCUACAGCACCGUCAUACGCUCAAUUCGUGGAAUAUGUUCAAGAAACCGAUCCCGAAGCAUCGCAAGAAUUCUGGCGCUCGAUGGCUCCUCAAGAGCCACCCUCCUCCUUCCCUCGGUUGCCAUAUGCGACCUACCAACCCAGGGCGAAGAAAACCUGCCACCGCGAUGUCGAGGUAGCCUUAGAAUCUGGAUCUAGCCUGACCAUGGCUAUCCUCUUGCGAGCAGCCUGGGCUAUUGUCAUGGCACGGUACACUGACUCCGAGGACAUUCUUUACGGGUUGACGCUCUCGGGACGUGAUGCCCUCGUCCCCCACAUCGAGGGCAUUGUUGGUCCGACCAUCACAACCGUUCCGAUGAAUGUUCACCUGGACCCCAAGACAUCCCUUCAAAGCUUCCUUGAGAGCCAACACGAGCAGAAUGUCGAGAUGAUGAACUUCCAGCACGUCGGACUGCGAAACAUUCGUCAGAUCAGCCCUCAGGUGUUGGCAGCGACUGACUUCACCAACCUAUUCGUCGUCCAGCCUAAGGCAGACGGGAGACGGGCUUUUGCUGAGCUCGAGAUCGUUCCGACGGACAUGACGGAGUUUGAUCCUUACGCUUUGGUAGUUGAAUGUAACCUCGGAGAUGGCAGCGUUCACUUGGAAGCUCGCGUUGAUGACGAUGUUCUGUCGGUGGAUCUGACGGAGAAGCUUCUGGGUCACUUCGAACAUGUCUUGCGACAGAUCAUUCGCCCAUCUGCCGAUGUUAAGCUAGGGGAUAUCGAUCUCUUCAGCAAAGAAGAUGAGAAGCAGAUCUGGGAGUGGAACGCUGUGGCACCGACCGCGGUCAAUGAGUGUGUUCACGAGAAAAUCUCCCAACAAGCCACUCUCAACCCCGGAAAUAUGGCUAUUGAGGCGUGGGACGGAAGUUUGACUUACGGUGAGCUUGAUGAGCUGUCCUCGAGACUUGCUUAUCAUCUGUCUACCGAAUACUCUGUCAAGCCCGAGACCCUGCUGCCUCUGUGCUUCGACAAAUCCGCCUGGACGGUGCUCACCAUGGUCGCCGUUGUUAAGGCCGGAGGAGCCUGCGUCAUGUUAAAUCCUGACCACCCAGUGACCCGUCUUCAGGCCCUAAUUGAAGACACGGGCUCUCACCUCGUCCUUACCUCGCCACAACACCAGGGCCUCUUCGGGUCCGUCUCGGCUUCUGUUGUCCCGAUCACCAAAACCCUAAUUCAAGAAUUGCCCCCCGUCUCGACAUCUCAGCGCGCGUCGCUUCAAGUCCAGCCUACCAAUCCAGUUUUCAUGAUCUUCACAUCUGGUAGUACUGGAAAGCCUAAAGGCAUCAUCGUUCAGCACAAUUCAGUUUGCACCGUGGCCGCGCAGCACGGUGAAGGUCUAGGAUUUGGUGGACCAGGUUCGCGGGUGCUGCAGUUUGCUUCGUACAGCUUCGAUGUUAGCAUGGGCGAAACGUUCUUCACGCUGAUGAAGGGAGGCACUCUCUGCAUUCCCACCGAGCAUGAUAGAGUCAACAAUCUUGCCGGGGUGAUCAACUCCAUGCAAAUCACAUGGACGUUCAUGGCCCCGACAGUCGCUGCCCUGGUGGACCCCAAAGAGGUCCCCCACCUUAAGACACUCGUUCUAGGUGGUGAAGCCGUAUCGCAAAGCCUGGUCGAUCGCUGGGCAAGCCAAGUACACAUGAUCGACUCGUACGGACCGGCAGAAUGCACUAUUUGGGCAUCCCAUGCAAACCCGAGUGCCACCGUCUCGCCUGCGAACAUCGGCAGUGGUACCGCCUGCCGGUACUGGGUGGUGGAGACUUCUGAUUAUAAUCGCCUUGCCCCUGUCGGCUGUGUGGGUGAGCUGCUCAUCGAAGGGCCGAAUGUCUCGCGAGGCUAUCUGAACGAGCCGGAAAAGACGAGAGAUGCAUUCGUUGAAAACCCAGCAUGGAUGCACGGAAAGGAGACACCUCAGUACAAAUUCUAUCGCACUGGUGAUCUCGUUCGUUACAACCCCGAUGGAACUCUGAACAUUGCCGGUCGCAAAGACAGCCAGGUCAAGUUCCAUGGCCAGCGUAUCGAGUUAGGCGAGAUUGAGUUUCACCUCCGUGCUCAAAAAGCGGUUGAGGCUGGAAUGGUCACUCUUCCCAAGACUGGCCCGUGCAAAGGCAAGCUCGUUGCUGUGGUGGCGCUUGCAGAUUUGCAACCAUUGGCCCUUGAAGGUGAUUGCGUCGAGCUCGUUUCCGAUGAUGCGAAGUCCACGGCCCAGCCUCUUAUCAUGGAGAUUGAGGAGGAACUGACAAGUGUACUGCCUAGCUACAUGGUUCCCUCCGUCUGGAUUGUCUUGGACUCCAUCCCAUUGACUGCAUCACGGAAGAUAAACCGCGUUCCCAUCACACGUUGGGUCACCAGCAUAACCGAAGACACCUACCGCCGGAUUGUGAAUAUCUCCUCCGCCAGCGUUAACCUACCCACAACCGCCUUAGAGAAGCAGCUGGCACAGGUGUGGAGCCAAGUCCUGAACAUCCCUGAGAAGUCUAUAGGCUUGAACCGAUCAUUCAUGAGCUUGGGUGGAGAUUCAAUUACUGCUAUGCAGAUUGUUUCCCGCUGCAGAGCCGUUGGAAUCAAGCUUAGCGUUCAAGAUAUUUUGCUCCCGAAGUCGUUGGCGGCAGUGGUUAGUCGCGCAAGCUCAGCCGGCGACCGUGCUGUCACUAGACAAGAAACGUACGAUGUGCCUUUCAGCCUAUCGCCCAUCCAGAAGGUAUAUUUCAACGACGUUGUUCGCCAGGCGACCGAGCAUCAUUACAAUCAGAGCGUUUUGCUGCGCUUGACCCGCCCUGUCUCGACGGCUGCAGUUGCAUCUGCCAUCGAGCAAAUUGUGGCCAGGAACUCCAUGUUGCGUGCGAAAUUUAUUAGGAGCGACAAUGGGGAGUGGUCGCAGAUGGUGCAGAGCCAAUCUAAUGGUUCCUUUAAAAUUGGCUUCCAUUCAGCCGCCAGCCGCCAGCAGAUGCUUGACGUGAUUAACUCCUCCCAACGAAACGUUGAUAUCGAAAACGGGCCGAUCUUCGUGGUAGAUCACUUUUCUCUUCGUGACGAGGAGAGAGGAGAGUCAAGCUUUGAUUGCCGAGAGGGACAGCUCAUCUCUCUCGUCGCGCACCAUUUGGUCGUUGAUGCUGUCUCAUGGCAUGUAAUUGUCGCUCAGCUGGAAGCCUCCCUGUUGUCAGAGAGUAGCAGCCCUCAUGCUCCGAUGCCAUUCCACAACUGGGCACAAGAGCAAUGCCACUUCGGAGAGCAAUUGGUUUCAAAGUCGGUAUUGCCCAACGACAUCCCCCCUGCCAACCUUUCAUACUGGGGGAUGCAAGAAUUACCCACAUGGAAGAAUGUUGAGGAAGUCCGUUUCACAAUUGAUGAGAACACCACCUCACUCCUGCUUGGAGCGGCCAACACAGCACUGCGAACCGAACCUAUCGAUAUUCUCUUGGGGGCCAUUCAGCAAUCCUUCAACCAGACCUUCACAGACCGUGCGGUGCCUGCGAUCUUCAGCGAAGGCCAUGGCAGAGAACCUUGGGACAGCUCCAUCGACCUAUCUGAAACUGUCGGAUGGUUUACCACCUUCUAUCCAGUUCACAGGCGUAUGAGGAAGGAUGAAAGUGUCAAGGAUACCAUCAAGCGAACAAAAGAUGUUCGUCGUUCCUUCACCGACAAUGGAUUCUCAUACUUUACCUGCCGCCAUUACAGUGCCGAAGGUCGCAAGGCUUUCAACGAUCAUAGGGCCAUGGAGAUAUGUUUCAACUAUCUCGGACAAACACAACAACUGGAGCGAAGUGAUGCCCUACUGAAAAAAGAGCCCCUCCGUGCGGAUGAGGAGAUUCAGAAUAUCAGUGAAGGUAUGGGUCGUUUGGCAGUCUUUGAUAUCUCUGCCGCUAUCUCCUUCGGUCAGCUGGGCGUCUCAUUCUUCUUCAAUCGUGAUACGGACCGUCAGGAACAGAUCCGUGAUUGGGUCAAGCGAUGCGAGAAGGCCAUUCAAUAUGCCGCUCAAGCUCUAGUGGCCAGCUCGGUGGAGCAUACUCUCAGUGACUUCCCUCUCAUGAAGAUCAGUUACCCUGCUUUGUCGAACUUCACAAACACUGUUUUACCGGCACUGGGAAUUUCCCCUGACAACGUGGAAGAUUUGUACCCAUGCUCGCCGAUCCAGGAAGGCAUCCUUCUUAGUCAGACCCGACAGCCUGGUACUUAUGAGGUUCGCCAGCUUUUUGAAGUUGUGCCUAGAUCGGAUGUUGGUGCCGUGGACCUCCCACGUCUGUUGAAAGCAUGGCAGCAAACUGUGGACCGUCAUUCCAUCUUGCGAACAGUCUUCAUCGGUUCGUUGUCUGGAGAUGGGGUCUAUGACCAGCUUGUAUUGCGAUCAUACCAAGCAACGGUUCAGCACCUCACUUUCUCCGGAACGGACGUUGUCUCACUUUUCCAAGGCCAGCAGUCCCCAGAUUACACCAAGCCCGUCCCUGGUCAUCGCCUGACCAUUUGCGAAGGCCCCGAAUCGAUCUACUGCCAAAUUGAAUUGAGCCACACCCUGGUCGAUGGCACAUCGUUGGCACUCCUAGUCCGUGAUUUUGUCUCUGCGUAUGAAAGUACGCUGCCCUCUGGGCCAGGUCCCCUCUACAGCGAAUACGUUCGCUACCUGGACAGCCUGUCUAAACCUGCCUCCCUCAAGUACUGGGCCGACCGUUUGACUGGUGCUCAGCCUUGCCAUUUCCCCAACAUGCGUAUUGGCAAUGGAGACAGCGGGUCUGAGACAAAGACUUUCAACGAUAUGCUCAUCCAUAUUGACGAAGAUGGAAAAUUGCAAAGGUUCUGCGAGUCGCAAAGUAUUACCAUGAGCAAUCUUGUCCAGGCUGCUUGGGGAAUGGUCCUCCGAGCUUAUACAUCGAAGGAAGAUGUCAUGUUUGGCUACAUGGCCUCGGGGCGUGACGUGCCUCUUGAUGGGAUUUACGAUGCAGUGGGUCCAUUCAUCAACCUACUGGUCUGCAGACUGCACCUCGUCGACGACCUGUCGGUCUACAAGCUGUUGAAGGAUAUUCAACUGAGCUAUAUGAGCAGCCUUCCUCAUCAACAGACAUCACUCGCAGCGAUCCAGCAUGAGCUGGGCAACAAGGAUGUCGCCUUAUUCAAUACUGUCCUUUCUUUGCAAAGGCAGCCCAGCCAAGGCCCACCUCCUCAGGUUGAUUUCCAUAUUGUGGACCAAGCCGAUCCAACUGAGUAUGACAUCAGUCUGUGUAUCACCACCCACGAUGUACCUGGUGUCGAGAUCCACAUGACAUAUCUCACGGCCAUCCUCAGCAACUCUCAAGCAGAUGAACUGAUGCAAGCUUUCACCAAUGUACUCGGAACUCUUGCUGAUACCCCUGAGAUGAGUCUGUCGAGCGUGGAUGUCAUAUCACAUUCGCGCGGCGAAGAGCUCCAGAGAUUGAAGGAUGUCAGCCGGACCCUGAAUGGUCGCACGUUCGACCUGGCUUCCAUUCAAAAUCGACUUACGAUGGCCCUCCUAGAUACGGAGGACGCUGUUGUUGAAGUGAUAAGUUUGGAUCAGCUGGGUGGACGCCAAUGCAUGGCCGUCUUCCACGCCGAGGUCAACGACACCAGGGCAGAAGUUUCUUUGUUGCCCAUCACCGACGGACCUCGGGCUAAAUUUACAGAUCUAAAAGAAACACUCGCACGCCAUCUGCCAGAGGAAUUGAUUCCAACGCUUUACUUCCCCGUCAACGGUCUCCCAUUGGAAAGGGCGGCCCUGCAGAAGCUUGUUGACGGCCUGAACGAGCAGCAAUUGAAGCAGUAUCAGCUUGUGACCGUCCAAGAAUGUGCAGCGUUGACCGCAAAUGAGAAGAUCAUGCUUGCUCUCUGGGCUGAUGUUCUAGAUAUCUCAGAUAGCAGUACAGUUAACCCCUCCGACAGCUUCUUCCGCCUCGGUGGCGAUUCUAUCGGAGCCAUGAGACUUGUGGCCGCCGCUAGGAACCAGGGUCUUGUUCUCACUAUCAAUUCAGUCUUCCAGAAGCCUACCUUGUCUGCAAUGGCCACGGAACUCAGUCUGCUUGACCAAAGUGAGGAGCACCAGCUGGAGCCAUUCUCCCUGCUACCAUCGCAGCUUGAUCCCGAGCAGCUCGCUACUGAGGCUGCCUCGCUGUGUGGUAUUUCACGCACCGCCGUCGAAGAUAUUUACCCUUGCACACCCCUCCAGGAAGGUCUCAUGGUUUUGAACCGUCAGCAUGCAGCAUCCUACACUAAUCAAACAGUCUUUGCCAUUCCAGACACUUUGGAUCUACCACGGUUCAAAAAAGCCUGGGAAAAGGUCGCGGAGCGAAGCACCAUUUUGCGUACUCGUAUGGUUAACGCGUCUGAUGGCUUGUUCCAAGUUGUCCUGAAACAGACCAUGACCUGGGAGUCUGCUCAUGACUUGGAUGCCUAUCUGAAGCAGGAUUCGUCUAACCCAAUAGAUUACGGCCAGCCAAUGGCACGUUAUGCAAUCGUAUCUGCCCCCACGCAGAAAUACUUUGUCUGGACUGCCCACCACUCAAUCUAUGAUGGAAUGACUAUCCCUAUCCUCACCAAGCAGGUCUCUGCUGAAUACAAUAGCGAAAUGGCUCUGCCAGAGGUCCCCUAUAACCGGUUCAUCCAAUAUAUCAGAGCAACCAACCCUGAAUCUGCCACUGAGUUCUGGACUGCUCAGUUCGCAGAGCCCUCUCUGACAUAUCCAACAUUGCAAGAUCGUACCUACCAACCGUACCCGAACAACAGUACGAUCAGCUCAGUGCAUUUGUCAAGACAGCCGUCCGACAUUACCUUCACCACCAUUCUGAAAGCAGCUUGGGCAUUUGUUCUUGCUGGCCUGACGGAAACUGAGAAGGUGACUUUUGGGAUCACGGUUUCUGGUCGCAAUGCAGCUCUCCCAGGUAUCAACCAGGUUGUUGGUCCCACCAUUGCGACAGUUCCCGUGAGCAUCGCGGUAGAUGGUAGCCAACCUCCGCUCGACUUCCUCCGAAGCAUCCAACAGCAGAAUUUGGAUAUGGUGCCUUUCGAGCAUACCGGUCUUCAGAACAUUCGCCUCAUGAGUGAACAGGCUAAAGAAGCCGUUGAAUUCCAGAACCUUCUCGUCAUCCAACCAAACACGGCACCAUUUAAGCCCUCUGAUUUCUUGGGACUCACUAAUGUGGCAGUUGACCGCGGCGACGAUCAGGACCCCUACGCGUUGAUCAUAGAGUGCAACAUUCUCGACGAUGGCGCCGAAAUCAAAGCUUUGUUUGACGAAAACGUCAUCUCCAGUGAGGAAGUUAAGCGGAUCAUCAGUCGCUAUAGUCGUGCUAUUGAGCGUCUCAGCUCAAUUCAGGAAGCAGGCGGCGACGAAAAUAUCAACACGCUAGAGGAGAUUGGAACCAUCAGUGAGGAAGACCUACAGCAGAUUCUUGAAUGGAACAGGGAUCGCCCGGAAACUAUCCAAUCCUGUGUUCAUUACCAAUUCGAGGAACAGGUUCGGAGGCAACCUGAUGCUCUCGCCGUUUCCUCGUAUGAUGUUGAGCUUACCUACAGUCAACUUAACAUGCUGGCUGAGAAGUUGGCUCACGAGCUUAUUUCACGUGGGGUCAAACAGGAGAUGAUUAUCCCUCUCGUUUUCAACAAAUGCUCAUGGACUAUUAUCGCAAUGUUGGCGGUUAUGAAGGCUGGCGGUGUUUGCUGCAUGUUUAACCCUGAGCAUCCCAGGGACCGAAUCCAGCUUUUGCUUGACGAUCUCGAUGCUAGCCUGGUCGUGUGUGACCAGGCGUCAUCAGCAAUGCUCUCUUCAUUACUCCCUCCAUCGGGAGUGCUCCCAAUUGGUGGCGACUACCUCGACAGCCUCCCCUGCCCAAAUGAGCCUGUUGGUGCCAUUGCCCAGCCUUCCAAUGCUGUAUUCAUCGUAUAUACCUCUGGAAGUACUGGAAAGCCGAAGGGAAGUAUCUUGGAACACCGCUCCCUUGUAACUGGUCUUGUUGCGCAUCUGAGUGAGAUGUCAGUUGGUCCUGGUACCCGCGCCUUCCAGUUUGCCUCUUACACCUUUGAUGUCUCCUUUGACGAAAUUAUUGGGACACUGAUGCUGGGAGGAUGUGUCUGUGUUCCCUCAGAGUACGAGAGGAUGAAUGCCCUUACGGAUGCUAUGGCCAAGUACCGUGUUACCUGGACGGAACUUACCACCACUGUUGCCAGUCUCUUGGUACCAAGUAGUAUUCCCACUCUCAAAACUCUGGUUCUCAGUGGGGAACCACUCACUAAAGAGGUCGUCAAUUUAUGGUCUGAUCAUGUGCAGAUAAUCAACAGCUAUGGACCCAGCGAAUGCUGUGUCUGCACCACCUGCAAUUCUCAGACCAGUACCAUCAAGGACCCUACUAACAUUGGCCGAGGGCUGGGAUGCACUCUGUGGGUUGUAGACCCAGAUAAUAUCGACCGGCUGUUGCCUAUUGGCUCCACUGGCGAGCUCCUCAUUGAGGGCCCGAUUGUUGCCAGGGGAUAUCUGAACGAGCCCGAGAAGACGGCGGCAGCAUUCAUCAACCCCCCAAAUGGUGGAUUCCUCACGACAAAGGCAAUGGUCGCAUGUACCGCUCGGGUGAUCUGGUCAGAUACAACCGCGAUGGAAGCUUCAAAUUCAUCGGCCGCAAAGACACCCAGUCUUAAGAUCCUCACUGCGUUUAUCUGUGCGCCUGAGACUGCCUCUGGGGACGUGGACUCCCUACUUGUUCCCCUCUCUGGCCCACUUCGACGAAGUUUCCAAGCCUUGCAUACCCGCCUGCUGGAGGUUCUGCCCAAGCAUAUGGUGCCACAACUCUUUAUCCCCGUCUCGCAUAUGCCUUUAUCCCCCUCCCGCAAACUGGAUCGAAAGGUAUUAAGGACGGUUGGGAACGGCCUCUCGCCAGAGACACUAGCUUCAUAUGCUCUUUCCAAGGUGGACAAGAAAGCGCCCUCGACCGAAACAGAGAAGGCUCUCGCGCAACUCUGGGCUCGUGUGCUCGGCACCGACAGCAUCGGUGUAGACGACCACUUCUUCCACCUCGGCGGAGACUCGAUUGCCGCGAUGAAGCUUGUUGCCGCCGGCAGCAAAGCAGGUCUUUCCAUGAGCGUUGCGGACGUGACUAAUUAUCCUAAAUUGAACCAGAUGGCGGAGAAUAUCGAUGGCUCCUUGUCAAGGAAGAAGACCAGCGAUGCGCCACCGGAGCCUUUCAGUCUGUUGCCUGACGACCAAGUCAAGGAUCUUGUGGCCCAAGCAACCACUCAAUGUGCGGUGGACGCCAAUGUGAUUGAGGAUAUGUACCCUUGCACCUCCUCGCAGGAGGCACUAAUGGCACUCACCGCUAAGGAUGAGACGGCAUAUGUAUCGCGACUUGUCUUCCGACUUCCCGUUGAUAUCAAUCUUGAGAAAUACCAACAAGCCUGGGAGUCCUUGGCCCAGCUCCAGCCGAUCAUGCGCACCCGCAUUAUCUACACAGAUGAUUCCAAAUCCUUCCAAGUUGUUAUUGCUGAGCCGCUUGUUUGGCGAUGGGAGAGCUCUGUGGAAGAUUACGUGAGGGCCGAUAAGCUCUCGCCUAUGGUCCAUGGCCAACCUUUGAUGCGCAACGCCAUCGUCCCUGGCGACGAGCACGAUCCACGCCCGUGCCUGAUUCACACCUCUCAUCAUGCUGUCUACGAUGGCUGGAGUCAGGGAUUCAUGUUCGAGCAAGUCGGUAUCAUCUACCGGGAAGGCUUGUCUGCCCUUCCCCCAGUCAUCCCAUACAGCAAAUUUAUCCAGCAUCUCGCUACCACUGACCGUGAGGAAUCUGAGGAGUUCUGGCGCUCCCAGAUUGAGGGAAAUCUCCCCGCCCAAUUCCCUACCUCCGCCCACUCUGCUCAAUCUCUGCGACCCAACCAGACCCGCUCCUUGCACAUUCGCCUUCCGCAGAGGGACAAUCUUACUUUCACUACACCCACCGUGUUGAAAUCGGCCUGGUCUCUCCUCCUCAGCCGCUACACUACCUCUGAUGAUAUUGUCUUCGGCCAUGUCCUCUCCGGCCGUAGUACUUCGCUUCGUGGUGCUGCAGACAUAAUGGGACCGAUGAUUGCAACGGUACCCAUCCGUGUCCGGUUAGAUCGAGCCCAGACAAUCGAGGAGCUCAUGGGCGGCAUUCAACAACAGGCUCUGGAUAUGACACCCUUCGAACAGUUCGGCUUACAGAACAUCCGCCGAAUCCAGCCAAACGGCUCGGCCAUUGCCGAUUUCGGUCACCUGUUUAUCAUCCAACCUAUUCUUGAGGAUUCAGAGAACGAUCUAGACCUGGAACAAGUCUCCUCGGUGCAGUUUGAUUUUGACACCUACCCACUGAUUAUAGAGUGUCAUCUUGGUGACUCAGAACUCGAUGUUCGUGUCAGAUACGACGAUAUGCUUAUUCCUGAACAACAAAUGGGAUGGUUGCUGCAGCAUUAUGAGAAUCUCAUCCACCAGCUCUUCCGCCUGCCUCAAAAUACUCUUAUGGUGGAUAUCACUAUGACUGGCCAAACUGAUGUGGACCAGCUUCUCGACUGGAUGGGCGCCCCUAUUGAACCCGUUAAUGCCCGUGUGCACGAUCUAUUCAGUGUCCAAUCUCGAUUCCACCCACAGCGCAAAGCAGUAGAUGCUUGGGAUGGCAGUCUGACCUAUCAAGAACUGGAUCAUCUAUCCUCUCGAUUCAGCGACACAUUAGUGAAACUUGGGGUGACGGCGGGGUGCACUGUAGGCUGGUGCUUCGAUAAAUCCAAGUGGGCCAUUGUCUCACAGCUUGCCGUCUUGAAGGCUGGCGGAGCAUGCGUGAAUCUGAAUCCAGAGGACCCUGUCUCCCGUCUGACAGAAAUCGUCCAUGACACUGGCAUUGACCAUGUCAUUACGGCGCCACAAUAUGCUGACCUGGCUGCCGCUAUUGGGUCCAGCCAUGUUGUCAUCGCUGAUACAACCACGGCUUCUGAGGUCGCAGCUACCAGUGCUGACCUUCCCCGAGCUCGGACAGCCGUUGACCCUUCAUCGCCCGCGUACCUUGCCUUUACCUCUGAUAGCACCGGUAAGCCCAAGAUCAUGGCGAUCGACCACAGGGCCAUCUGUACCAGUAUUCGAAACCAUGGCGCCGCAUUGAAGAUUACAUCCAAGUCUCGCGUGCUGCAAUCUGCCGCCUACACAUCCGAUAUCAGCUACGCGGAGAUCUUCACAACCCUUCUCAGUGGUGGCACUGUGUGUGUUAUCUCUGAACAUGGUCAGACCAAGGAUCUGGCUGCUGCCAUUGACCGGGUAGGCGCAAACUGGGCCUGCCUGACCCCGAACGUCGCCAACAGCAUGCGCCCGACUGACGUUCCCAAGCUGAAGACGUUAGUUCUGAGUGGGGAGUGCCCGUCCCAGGAUAAUUUACAGGUUUGGGCGGGCAAGGUCGAUACCCUUCUCAACGCUUAUGGGUCCAGCGAAGCAUCGGUCUGGUGUGCUGUGUCACAGUUCACCCAUCCUAAGGACUCAUUUGCCAACAUCGGGUUCCCAGUUGGUUGUCGAUUGUGGGUUACUGAGCCGGAAGACGUCAACAAGCUCGCUCCUUUGGGCUGCUUGGGUGAAUUGGUCAUUGAAGGACCUAUCCUGUCGGAGGGUUACUUGGGUCAACCUAAGGCCAGUGAGGUCGCAUUCAUCGAUCGUCCCGAUUGGAUGCAGCACACAUAUCCUGCUGAUGGAUUCGCUCGUGUUUACCGGACUGGUGACAUGGUCAAGUUCAAUGUCAAUGGUAGCAUUGAGUAUCUGGGACGCAAAGAUACUCAGCUUAAGAUGUACGGCCAACGUAUCGACCCUCGUGAGAUCGAGCACUCCAUCAAGUCUCACAUUCCUUCGACGUACGAUGUCUUGGUAGACACUACAUUGGUCUCGUCCCGCAACAGAAACAUGCUUGUUGCAUACCUCUACGAUGAGUCUGUACAGUCUCCUGAUGUUGAAAUCGACAGCCUGGCCGAUACCAUGACUACCAACUUGCAACAGGAGCUUACUACAGUCCAGUCUGCACUACACACCUCCGUUCCCCAUUACUUGCAGCCCAUCCUCUUCAUCCCCCUCAAGACCAUGCCCACUGACUCCCUUGGCAAAGCGGAUCGGAAUCUGCUUAGUCGCAUGGUCGAUUCACUCUCAGACGCUCAAUUGCAGACCUUCUCGCUGGCCACCGCCGGCAAGAGGCCCCCCAAGACGGAGAUGGAACUCACGCUAGCCAGUCUCUGGGCGAAUGUGCUUAUGAUCGAUCGUGAGUCGAUCGGGGCAGACGACAGUUUCUUUGCUUUGGGUGGUGAUUCCAUCGUCGCCAUGAAACUGGUCAGCCUCGCUCGUGCCUCCAAGAUCUUUGUGAGUGUCGCUGAUAUCUUCAACCAUCCUUCCCUUGUCGACAUCGCUGCUCUGGCUACAGCCAACGCACCUGUCACCCCUGGAGAUGGGACUCCUGUCUUGUCUCCGAGCAAAGGAUCAUCAACCUGUGAUUCCAGCCUUCUGGACGCAAUUGCUGCGAAGGUUGGAGUCGAAGAAGGCCACGUCGAAGAGAUUUGCCCCACCACCAGCAUGCAGGAAAUUGCGCUGAUUGGUGCCAUGACGCGGCCCCGUUGGAUGCUCAACUACUUCUACUUCGAGAGCUCCGAUCCAGUGGAUGUGGACCGUCUCCGCCAGGGCUGCUUCGACUGGUACGGCAUCCUCCGGCAACUUGAUCCGGUCUUCCUUGUCAUCCCCACCGAUGACCUCGACGAAACAACCCAGAGAGUGUACGAGGAAGGAAAGGCUGGCAACCUUCAAAUCGAGAAUCCCUUCGUUCAAUUUGUUCUGGCACAGCAGCGACGCGGCCACGCACAUCGCCUCAUCAUGCGCAUUUCGCACGCACAAUACGAUGGUGUCUCACUCCCCACCAUUUGGGAGGCCUUGCAGAAGGCGUAUACCGGUCAAACCCUACCCUCCAGCCCGCCCUUCUCGACCUUCACCUCAUUCUGUCCGGCAUCCGAUGACCCCGCUGCCAUUGAACACUGGCGGUCCCUUCUAGCGGGAUCUACGAUGACAAACUUCGUGGAGCGCCACAAGCCGGGCCUCCGAGAUGAUUCCGAUGAGGUUCUCUCCGUCCGGCGCCGGGUACCGAAUACCACACUCACGAGCGACGGCAUCACCUUCGCAACCGUCGCCAAGUCCGCCUGGGCCCUAGUCUUGGCUCGCAUGGCAGCUCGACCGGACGUUGUAUUCGGCCACACCAUUUCCGGCCGGAACUUGGCAAUUGACAACAUCGACCGGAUUGUUGGCCCGUGUCUUAAUGUGGUCCCCGUCCGCGCUCAGUUCCAGGACCGCUGGACUGUGAUGGACCUCCUUCGCACUAUCCAGAACCAGCAGGUGGCCAACAUGCCGUUCGAGUCACUCGGAUUGCGCCCAAUUGUCGAGCAGUGCACGGAUUGGCCGCGGUGGAUGCGCUUCAGCAGUGUUAUCCAGCACCAGAACAUUGAGCCGGAUCGGGCUAUGAUGAUGGGCGAUGGGUCCUACGAGCCUGGCUUCAUCGGCUCGGAACUUGAUCUUAUGGAUGUAUCGAUCCUAUCAACUCCCGCAGGCGAUCACGUUGACAUCGACCUCAUUACAGCGACAUCAGUCAUGUCCGCAAUCCAGGCGGAGGACUUGCUUGACCAACUCUGUCUCACGAUCCGCUUCUUCUCGUCCAGCCCAUCCACUACCUUUUUGCCAUCGGUGGAGGAACUUGAAGCCGGCCAGCCUCUGAUUCCUAUGGUUAGGGAAUCCACCGUACCAGAUAUCAUCAUUGGCGCGCCGCCUGCGGACUCUUCCGAGCCCAAGGUGGCCGCUUUACGAGAGGCCGUGCACCAGGCGUGGACCGAGACUCUGCCGUCGACAAAUAAAUCAGUCGUGUCUCCAACAGAAUGCUAUUUUGCAGCAGGCGGUGAACUUGUGGGCUUGUCACGGGUGCUGCUGCGACUGCAAGAGCAUGCACCCCAGCUUCGCCUGGAGGACCUCCUUCACCACUCUUCAAUGGAACAGAUGGUGAAUCUCCUAUACACUCACACUCCUUGA